AUGGCUAAUGAGGAAGAAGUGAAGUAUAACGCGUUUCUUGAGAAAGUCAAGCGUACUGUGUUUGUAGACGAACUCACGCCUCUUGCCUCAAAGUCGGUUUUGGAAUCUGCUUUCAAUCAGUUUGGGACUGUCGAGGAUGUGAUCUUAGUACCAAACUACUUGGGUCCAAAGGAGAUUCCAAUGGGUGUUCUGGUUGUAAUGCAGACUGAAGAAAAGGCAAAGGCUAUUCUCGAUACUUUGUCGCAAUUUCCUUUCAUGGUUGCUGGAAUUCCUAGGCCUGUGAGAGCCAAGCCUGCUAAGCCUGAGAUGUUUGCUGAUCGCCCAAAGGAGCCCAGUAGAAGGGUCCUUUGUCGCUGGAUUGACCCGAAUGAUCCUGAUUUCGAAAACGCCAAGAAAAUUAAGCGGCUUGUUCAGAAACAUACUGCUGAAGCUGCGUUUGUCCUCAAGAACCAGCUUGAUGAGGCAGAGAAGCUGGCUACUAAGCAAUCUGAGACGGCGACAGCGCAUCACAAGAAGUUUGAGAUGAUGUAUAAACUCUUUCACGAUGGUGUUGCUGAGAAACUGGCUAAUCGUUACAACAUCAACAUGAGAUCUUUUCCUUAUCGUUAG